CAAAACAAAAACCUGCGGCCGCGGCUUGAGAAACAAAAGCAACAAAACCACAACACUCGUAGCAAUGUAGUUCAAAUUGAUUAAAUGUUCAAAUAAGCGUGGAAAGUGUCAACGACAGCAGUAUAAACAAUGCCAAACAAAAUGGUUAAAAUAUUCUUCAGUUGAAAGUGAAAGCUGCUGCGUCUGUGAAAUGUUGUCGCCGGCGAGCUAAAGCAAAAACGAAUCAACCAACAAAAAAAAAAUAAAUAUAAAACAAUAGCGCGAAAACGAAAAACCAAAAACUAAAAAAAAAACGAGACAAGUUAUGCUAAUUUAUAGUAUUAGCUGUGCUGUGUUGAGAAAUGUAAGCCAAAUUUGCACAUGACGAAGCGACAAACACAAAAUUCAACAGAUAUUCAAACAUUGUUCGAUGAGCAGCAGCAGCAGCAGCAAAAAUAAAUUGGCCAAAAUGCGUCUGCAACAGCGUUACAACAACAGCAACAACAACGGCAGCAGCAACAACAGCUCGAUAGCAACUCAAACGAUUGGCAAUAGCAGCAACAACAACAAUAAUAAUAACAAUAUGAAUAACAACAACAACAAAAUGCACAAUCAUCGCGCCAAGAUACUAAACAUCAUCAACAGCAAUCGCAACAAUAAUAAUAACAACAACAACAGCAGCAGCAACGGUUUCUUCAAACUGCGCAGCUCAACAAAAGCGACAGCAAAAGCAGCAACAACUUCUUCAAGUAAAAACAAUUGCAGCAACCAACAAGCCAUGCAAUUGGAUGUUGAUGCCGAUGAUGCGAUUGUGGAAACACUGGAGGAGACCACAACAGCUGUGGAGCUGCGAUCGAAGGCAGCUUCAGCCUCCUCAGCGUCAGCAACUGUUGCCAUUGGCAAUGGCUCAAACGCUAACUCGGUCAGCAACUCGAGCUCACAGUAUCGUGGCUACACCACGCUGAGAAGCAACUCCACUUCGGCCAUACUGGCGGAGGUUGGACUGCCGGGUCUGUUGAGCAACAGUGCGAGCAUGUUGUACGCCCGCCCCCGCACUCUGAAUGUCCACAAUAUCUGCCAGACGCCAGCGCAAAUAACGCAAAUGUUUUUUGGAGAAGUCCUCAAUGCGUGGAGAGCCAAAGCCCGUUGCAAUGUGGUGCCUGAAGAGCGGACUCAGGAGCUCUUUCACGAGCUAAGCUUUCAUCCCAGCCAAAAGCAGAUUUGCGAAAUGCUGCAGACGGCUAAGAAAGUGGCCCGCAAAGGUCGAGGGCAGGCGAAUGGCUUGACGUUUGGACAAUUUUGUGUGCUCGCUGCUGAUUUGAAGCGUUUUCGCGCUUCGACCUUUUCGAAUGCAUCAAACUACUGUGAUGUCAAGUACCAACAACUCUCAAGCUCUCUGCUGCAGCAACAGGACGAAGCCAGCCAGGCGGCGACUGCAACGCCGACAGCUGCAGGUGAACACAGCUCCAAUAAAUCGCAAAAGCAUUUGCAAGCCGGCAAUGCCACAGCAACAACGUCCGCAACACCUGCCACAGGGGCACACUAUAACAAAAAGUCGGACAGUUAUGGCACAGAGCUACGCAGUACAAAGUCCUUCAGCAGUGUCGACGACACCAAGAAGAAAAAGAAUGCCACUAAUGAACCCGUCGAGGUAUUCCUCGGCGGCUCCUGCAAUCCAACCACCUGGCGUGCGGAUGUUGCCAUACCCACACUCAAGGAGCUGGGCAUUUCGUUCUACAAUCCUCAAGUAUCCGAUUGGACGCCCGAUCUCAUUGAACUCGAGCAUCGCGCCAAGGAAAAGGCACGUGUAUUAUUUUUUGUUAUGGAUUCGGAAACACGCGCAUCUGCUGGUGCCAUCGAGGCGGCACACAUAGCGGGUCAAAACUGCAAGCAGCUAGUGUUGGUUUUGCAUCCGUAUAAACCAAAUCAAAGGAUCCUCAACGAGCCUAUUUCACAGCAAGAAUACCUCGAUUUACAUCGCAAUCAAUUGAUACUUAAGGAGCUGGUCUCCCGUCGCGGUCUGCCAGUGUUGGAUAACAUCCCAUCUGGGCUGCAGCGCACCAAGGAAAUUCUAUCCGGCAUUAGGGAUCCACCGUCCAAAAUAUCUUCUAUAUUAGAUACCGUACGCGGCGCAUUUGACCGCGUCAAUCCCCAAAGCGAACUACUCACUGUGGAACAGUGCAAACGUGCUCUCUUAUUUUUAGGCUAUGCUCAGAGUUUAGUUAAUUUAGAUAAUCUGAAUAAGAUAAUAAUCAAUCAACGCGAAUCAUUGAAACUGCUACAAACGCAAAGUACAAAGGCUGGCGAGGAGACCAAGCAGGACAAGGACAACGAGAAGGAGAAGGAGGAGGAGAAGAACUGCAGCUCCACGUCGGCCAUGCCAAACCAUGAGCUCAUCGAUUUCGAUCUAUUCUGCGUCAUCUCGGCGUAUCUCUCAGUGCUGCAGCAGGAGAUACAUGAGAGCGGUUGCAUCUCGCCCAUCAAGGGCACAAAUGUGCCGCCUCCGCAGGUUUACUUUACCAAUGCUCCAGAUGUCGACAUCUAUUACUCGGCCAGCAAAAACAUUUCACGCACCUCGAGCAACGCCAGCGUUCCGUCGAACAGCAGCAGCGGCAUUGGCCACGAUCUGGAGCGACAGAAUCUGGUGGAACAGCUAAGUCGCAGUCGCGAUAGUGGCACUUCAUCGCCGCAGCCAAGCGGCAGCAUGACGACGCUGGGUAAAAAGGGUCAGACCCAAAUAAUGCUGAACGUCGAGUCGAUUGAGACAACCGAAAUAAUCACCACCAAAACGAUCGAAACCAAACCUUUUACGGCUGCCAGCAGCAAUGUGACUGCCACGCCCACCGAGGAGGAGGAGAGUGACUCGAAUGACUCUGUCUUCUCCAGCAGCAGUUCCAUCGCCAGCGCUGGCGAUUUACUCUGCUGCUCUGGCCUCGAUCUGCGCGAUGUUUAUCUGGGUGGCAGCUGCGUGUUGCGCACCAAAUGGCGACAGCAGCUCGCCAUGCCCUAUUUGUUGGCCAAGGGUGUGAGUUUUCAUGCGCCUGCGCUGCACGAGAGCAUCACACAGACGUCGGCGACCUUACAAGAGUCGACGACUGCGCAGGAGCAACGUCCGCAGGAGCAGCAGCAGCAACGUUCGUUUAUGCGCACGCGUCGAAAGUGCCGUGGCAAUCAGCUGCAGCUCGAGGAGCAGGAGGAGCUAACCGUGGCCGAGGAAUCGCUUAGCUGGUCACUGCCUCCCAUGGCUGUGCGCCAGAAUCUCUACAAUCCCACGCUGCUGGACUCCAGUCGAGUGCUGCUGUUUGUCAUCACCAACGAGACGCGUUCGCUGGCACCCAUGACACUGGCGGCCCAUUGCAUUGGACUCAUGUACAAUGUGGUGUUGGCCGUUCAAAUGCUGCCCGAGGAUUGUGUGCUUGGUGGCGAGAAGCUGACGCUGGCCGCCAUCAAGGACUACAAUCGUGGACGCUCGUAUCUCAUCGAUCUGGCCAAGCGCCAAGGUGUUCCGGUCUUCAAUGACAUCCAGGCAGCUCUGGAAUGCACUGUGGCCAAGGUGCAGAUGUAUAAUAAUCGCGAGCGUUGCUAAAUUCGUACCUGUUUCAGUUUCCAGCACGUGACAAUUUAAGCUACAUUUAUAUAUUUAGUGCAAUUUAUGUUGUUUUUUUAACUCUUAAACUAUAGCUAUAUGGAAAUUACUUAACAACGUGUGUGUCUUAAUUGUAUUUAAGUCUAACCAAAUUCAUUCUGCUAUAACUUUAACUAUAAUGCCUAUGCGUCCCCCCACUAUGCUAACUAAUAUUGCGUAUACGUAAUCUACCAUAAUAAUUUAAGCUAAACUAAAAAAAACAAACAAAAGAAGUGUAAAACAAAUAUGUCGUCGCCCAGAAAGCGCAUUUCAUAAACAACAAAGCAUUAUGCUUUAUGCUAA